AUGUCGAAGCGCCUCGGGUUCUCUCGUCAAGUCUUACCGGCUCUCGAGCUUGGGACAUGUGAAUCAGGCGUCCCGAGCCAAUCAUCGGCCGGUUAUAUCGACGAAUUCCGACAUGAUUCCGAUGAUGGACGGUUACUUUGCGACACCAUCCAUGUUCUUGCCGGGGAAUUCCAGUAUUAUUACCACCUCUCCUGCCUUAAUCCAACCGGGAAACUCUUCCCUUCCUUCCUUCUAGAUUCUGUUGCAGGGCUCAAGCAUGAUACAGGGUUGGCCGCCGAGUGGUCUGCUGACGAACAAUAUAUACUGGAGGAUGGCCUUGAAAAAUAUAAAGAGGAGCCGAAUAUUUUGAAGUACAUAAAGAUUGCAGCUACUUUGCGUGAUAAAACCGUGCGUGACGUUGCUUUGAGGUGUCGGUGGAUGCAAAGAAAGCGAAGGAAGCCUGAAGAACAUAAUUUGGGGAAAAAGGUGAAUCAUAGAAAGGAUAAGUUGGUGGAAUCAUCUUCUAAGAUGAAUAUGCCUUCAUCUCUGCCACAAACCAUGGCUGCAUAUCCUCUGAUGAUGCACCACCUGGACUAGAAUGAGAGAAUGCCUUCUGAAGGGAUAUUUGGUACAACUAUGCAUCUUUUGAAGCAAAAUGCUCAAACUUUUAGCCAAAUCACAUCCAAUCUUUCUGCAUACAAGUUACAGGAUAACAUCGAUCUCUUUUGUUACACGAGGAACAAUAUUACCUCCAUGCUAAACAACAUGAGAGAUACACCAGGUUUAAUGAGCCAUUGGCCACCAUUGCCCGUAUCUAUCAAUGAGGAUUUAGCAAAUAGCAUCUUGCCUGGAGCAAC